CAGUUGAAAAAUUCCACCAAGCUUGAUUGCAAUGGUUGCUCUGCACAUUUUGGAGUCGACGUUGUUGUAUUAUUGUUUUGACUUUAACAGUCAAGGUGAAUAGAAAGUUUUUGCAGCUCUCUCAGACUCAGACUUGAUGACUCACAGAGAAAGAUAAGACGCUCGACUCAUCUGUCUCAGUGAACCAAGUUCAGUACAGCUGUUGUUGUGUAGAGAAUGAAUCUAUUCACCAACAAACAUGAAAGUUGUUCAGCAGUCAAAUUUGGACAGACUGAGUUUAGUCCUGAGGAAGAGUCUGCUAUUCAGAAUGCUCUGAAGCAAAGACUUGGGCCACAAUUCAUUAGCCAACGAACUGGAGCAGCAGGACUUAAGUUGGCCUAUAUUGAGGGUUGGAAGUUGAUCAACCUGGCUAACGAAACUUUUGGUUUCAAUGGAUGGUCUCAUUCUGUGACGCAGCAGACAACAGAUUUUGUGGACCAUAUCAAUGGCAAGUACUAUGUGGGGGUCAGUGCACUGGUCAAGGUACAGUUAAAGGAUGGUAUGUUCCAUGAGGAUGUAGGCUAUGGUGUCAGUGAAGGAAUGAGGUCAAAAGCCCUGUCACUGGAAAAAGCGAAAAAGGAGGCUGUGACGGACGGACUGAAGCGAGCCCUCAAAAGCUUUGGCAACUCCUUGGGUAACUGUCUCGGAGACAAAGAUUACCUCAAAUGUGUCAACCGAGCUCCUAAAGCUCCUCCUGCCGCCUACAAUGUGCAGGACAUGAAACAUUGUCUGGAGGACCCGAGCGUGACCAAAGCCCGCCAGAAGCGAAUGUGGAAUCGUUACCCUACGAAGUCGAAUGGUACUGAGCGUUUUUCACUCCCUUCUUCAACGAAUGAUGGCAACAGCAGGACAAAUACUCCCGCACCUCCCCCAGCUUGCACAGAACGUCAGCUCAACUUAAUAGCUGGGGAUGCUGGACCCACCGCCCCAAGUGGAUCUGGUUCAACAUUGUCUCUGAAAAACUCUGUGUCGGAAGAGUUCACUAAGCCAGAACCCCCUGACAAGCUCAGUCCUGUGGUUACAAACAGUAGAGGAAACUCGCUUGUGUCCCCUGCCCAAACCAGUACCCCGAAAACUGGCCAUUCUCGUGUUGCCUCCCCUUUGUUUGGGCAGAGUUCGUCUGUUGGCAACAUCAGUCCUUCCAAAGACAUGAGCGCUGCUAAAAGAGCGAGACUUCAGCGUGCUGAGGAGAAGAAGAGAGCGUUUCAGGAAAGCUAUAGUAAGCAAGGUGAGACAGAGGAUGUUAAGCCUCCAACAGUGCAGACAUCAUCUUCUAAAGAAGUUUUGAUUGGAGAAGAUAAUUUUGAUGAACUCGAGGUGUGGAGUCAGUCAGUGUUUGGAGAGGAUGUCUCCGCCAUUGAUAGUCUGCUGAACACUAUAGAGGCAAGAGACAGAGUCCGAACAUCUCCUGUCAAACCCAGUGGUUCUGUAUCAAAUGUGAAGCCAUCCAAAAGUGGAGCAUCCAACAGCUGACAGAGGAGUUUAUCAUGUCUUUCUCCCUCCAUCUUUCCUCCUCUUUUCCAAUCCUGUUUCUGUAACUCCUUUUGUCCCCUUUUCCUUUAUGCUCGCCAGUCACUACUUAACCCAUUCAGUACCAGCUUCCUCGGCUAGAAGAUCAUCCUCCGUACCACAAUAAUGGACAUAACUUCGUAAUUUUAAGAAUGGGGUUUGAACUCACUGUGUGUCCUUCAAAUAUUGUCGUGAAACUUGGCAUAGUAUGUCCCUUCACAAAGAUGAAUAUGACACUUUGAACAGCCAUAAACAGUGUCAACUGCCCUCCUAGAUGGCGUGCGCUUUUUUUUCUUGUCAGCACUGAAAACACAUCUUCUUCAGUCCCCGAAGCCUCACUGAACUAUGAAAACGUUCACCCCCUCCUGUCUUCCGGUGUCUCUGCUGCCGCUUUCGAGCGACUCGACCCAACUUCUCUGAGCCCCCUGAGCACACAAGCCGAAACUGUUUGGGGGUUAACUUUCUUUCUGUGGUUGCGGACCAUUUGUACACCGUACUGUACAGUUAAUAAGCAUUUAUGAUUGCCACUUGAAGAAGGAACCACACAAGACACCUCCACCAUUUCCUGCUCCUUAGGCCAACAGGGUAAUAAGCCCUGUAGUGGUCAUGAAUGCUGACUCCUCCCAUAUUCCUGUUGUAGGUGUCAACUGGGGUUGGGAUCUCCUUCUCAGUGAACUCACCUGCUGCACGGCGACUGACUGUGGUCAUUGUGGGAUUAGUAUUUGUUGACAAGACACUCACUGGACGUUUAUCAUACCAAAAGGUUGCUACCAGAUUGCUGAUCUGGUGCAUCUGGGUGACCCCCCUUUCUCUUCCACACAGUGUCAUUUGGAAACCUUUUCCUGAUAGUGCGGAUCGUCGCACAUGAGCAUGUCCCCCGCUGAAGAAGGUCUUUCGCCAGAGGGACCGACGCGAAAAAAUUGUCAAAAUAAAAAUUAUGAUGUCUGUCCAAGAACCUUUCACCAAGUGCCAUGAUUUCAUCAUACCCAGUCCAUUCACAGACGCAUUGUUUGACUUCCCGGUGUACACUUUGAAGUCCAGCAGAUAGCCCGUUUUGCUCUCUGCCGCACGCCACAUCUCGAUUCCCCAGGGGGACAGUUUAUUUUUUAUAUAUAUUGUUUGAAGGAGAGCCUUCCAGUAAAGGCCACAAUAGCCUCCUCAAACGCAAUUCUCUUUGUGGCAAGUAGUUGUGCAUUGACUUUUGCCUGACGACAUUGUAGAGGGGUCUUAAUUUGAAGAUGGGGUCGUAGUUUGGAUCAUCCUUUGCUACUUGCCCCACAUUGUCAUUCAAAUGGAAGAACCAAGAAAGUAGUUCAAAACGUCUCUGAGACAUUAUUGCCGCUACACAAGGAACCACCAGAAGAUUGUCAGUGGACCAGUAGUCCUUUAGUCAGAAAGCUGGUGGAUCCCAAACAUGAUGUUGAUGAAGAAGUAACGUUUCAUGUCGUCGGGUGUUGCCCCUUCCAGUCUUAGGGCAGGUUGCUUGCUGCUGCAUUUGUUUGAAGUGCAAGUUCCUUAAAAUAGGUUUCAGGUAUGAAUUUGAGGAAGAAUUCAUUUGUAGAGGCAUGCUGCAGUUCUCCCAAUAGGUCUUCUAGUAGGCCUGUCAUCUCUGUGAACUCAUCCACACCUAUAUUGUGAAGCUGCUCACUCCACUGGGCUUGCUGUGAAAAAAAAAGGAAAAAUAAUUUAGAUUUAGAUCUAGUUUCUCUACGAUUAUAUCCUUCUUGUGAUAAGAAUUCGGGCAGCUGCUACUUGGCCGAUUGAUACUGAAUGGGUUAAGUGUGCCACUGUUUUCCUUGCUUAGCUCUGCAUACAAAUGAAUCCAUGAAAAUUUCAGACUUACACACAGUUGGUUCCUUUCCAGAAUGUAGAGAAGAUAACUUUCUUUGCAGAUCUCUUUUACUUUUAUACGUUCAUUGUCUCCCCUGUCUAUUUAAUUUGUAUGCAACAUGUGCGUUCUUGCACAAGCAAACACACCCGAAGAUACGAUUGUGUGCGGUGAGCAUUUAUGUAGUUAAAUUAGUAUAAUGUUGUAAAAUCAUUCACAUUCAUGCCAGCACAGUGCAUAUAUAUAUUCAAUUAGUCAUAUGCAACCAUUUUUAAACAGCAAUAGACAACCCCCAGCCAACCUCCACCGGACUUAUAUAUGCAUAGACAUCCACAUGCUCUCAUGAAUGGAGAUGUACACACACACAUUUUGAUAGAAAUAAACACUAAUGAGGAAUCUUUUUCUAUCUCUCACACACACUUGCAGUAAGCACUCAUACACACGCACACACACACACACACACAGACACACACACCCACAGACACACACACACACACACAGAGAGAGAGAGAGAGAAAAAGAAAGAAAGAGAGAAAAAGAAAGAAAGAGAGAGAGAGAGAUUGUAUGUUUUCAUUCAUGACUGUUUACACAUAUUUAUAAAUGAAGAUAAUCGUUUCUGUUACAUGUGCAAUAAAAAGACAUUUGUUCGACUUGUGAAAUUUACAGAUGUCGUUUAUGAUCUUCCCUUUUUGGAACACGUUGUGGAAUUCUUGCAAUGAAAUGUGAGACUUUCUUAAAUAAAAUGUUGGUGCCUUGUAAA